AUGCGCGGCGCCCCCAUCCGCGACCGUGCCUGCAUCCCUCGCACGCGCCAAUCGCGCAAGGCCUACCUCUUCUUCGAGAACACGCUCUUCGUGCGCCAGCUCGCGGCCCUAGCCCUGGUCUUCCUCUCCUUCUUCGAGACCCCGUCCUGGUGCUCGGCCGCGCGCCACUGUGCGGCCCCUGACAACUCCGAUCUCUUCCUCUCCGGCCUGCCCUACCUCAACCCGGGCCUGCAGGUCACCGUCAACGCCGUCCUGCUCGCCGUCCUCGUCUUCUUCCUCGUCUUCGACGCCCUGGCCCUGCCGUCCGCCGCCCUGCACGCCAAGGAGCGCCAGCUCUUCGCCGUCCUCGCCCUGCUCGUCGCAGACUGCGUCUGGGUCGCCCUGUGGCGCGGCUACCCGCCGCUUCGCUUCGCCCCGUACCUAAGGGCAGUCUUGCCGCUCUUCUAUUUCCACGCCCUGCGCGAGUGCACCAUGGGCAUUUCCGCCGUCCUGCUCCCCUUCCUCGACGUCGUCACCUUUGUCGCGCUCUUCGUCCUCAUCUUCGGCUGGCUUGUUACCCUCCUGUUUCACGACGUCCCCGAGGCUAAUCGCUACUUUGGCGACCUCACCGUCGGCCUGUAUUCCGCAUUCACCUCCAUCACCACCGCGGAUUGGCCCAUGCAGAUCAUGGCCGUGCUGGAUGUGUCGCGCGCCAGCGCCAUUCUCUUUCUCGUCUUUAUUGUCAUCGGAGUCUUCUUGCUGUUUAAUGUCAUGCUCGCUGUCGUCUACAACGCUUACACAGGACAUAUAGAGGAGCUCGUCGUCGGAAAGAUCAUGUCGCGGAGGGAGAGCAUCGGCCUGGCGUAUGAUAUCCUCACCCCUGGUGAGGGCAUGGUCACGCUUCCGGACUUGAGGUUGAUGUUUGACGAAUUGAGGAAGAACAAGAGCAUGAGCGAGUAUGACAACCAGCGCGUAGACUUCGUCUUCACGGCACUUGACGACGAUCACGAUCAAAAUCUCAGCCGCGUUGAGUUUCUCGACAUGGUCGAGGUGCUGCAGCUCAAGUUUAUCAUCGAACUGGAGAACGCAUCCCUGGUGCAGAGAUGGAUGCCGCAGUUUUAUGAGUCGGACCUGUGGCAGAAUGUCGCCACGUACAUAAGGUCACGGGCGUUCACGUAUCACAUUUGCGUCGUCAUGAUUGUGAAUAUUGCAGUCGUGUUGCUGGAGACGACGAUGGAUCUACAGAACAAGGACACUCCUGAAAGCGUGCGAUUCUUCGCGCUUGUCGAGUGCGGCUUCUCCUUGGUCUACAUUGUCGAGAUGGUGCUCAAGGUCGCGAGCCAAGGCUUUGACCGCUACUGGCGUGACUAUGGCAACCGCUUCGACUUUGCCGUCACGUGGCUGCUGUUGUUUGGCGCGGGUUAUGUGCUGUACCCCUACUCGGAAAAUGAUCCUGACAUUGUCCGGUAUCUCAUCCUGCUCAGAUGCUUGAGGUUAUUCGCCGUCAUGGCGGAUAUGCCACGCUUCCGACGCCUUGUGCAAGUGUUUUCGAUUUUGAUCCCAGCUUCGGUCCCGCUCUUUUCUUUCUUCUUCCUCACGCUCUACGUCUUCGCCGCUGCGGGGGUAGAAUUAUUCGGAGGUUUGGUCUACGCGUCAAACCCGGCGCUGGAUCCGGACAACAACUUCCUCGUCGAUGCGUACGUCUCCAAUGACUACUGGGCGCUCAAUUUUAACGACAUGGCGUCCGGUUGGUACACGCUUUUCUCAUCCGUCAUCGUUGGUUACCUGACCGAGGUGGCCGAGGCGAUGGCUUCGGCAUCCCGGUUCGGCAACUGGACCAAAUGGUUUUUCAUCUUCAGCUUUGUCGUCAACAGUCUUAUCGUCUCCAACUGCGUCGUCGCCUUUGUCGUAGACCUCUUCAUCAUGGAAGACGAGCAGGAUGACACGACGUUCCACGCCGACAUGGAGAAGAGGUACGGCUCGAAGAGAGUGAAGGUGCUGCAGCAGAAGAGCAGUGCCGACCAGGUGUACGCCUCCAUGUUCAGGGAACGUGUGCAAGAAAUUAUGACCAGUGGGACUUCCGGAACAAGCGCGUAG